GGAUCACUCGGAGGACUGCCUCGCGCGCGCAUGCGCAGCUGCCGCCUGACACCGUUGCGGUGAGGUGUGCGGCCGUUGGGCUGAGGUUCAAGUGAAAAUACCUUUUGGAAACAAAUACCUUGAUGCCGUCUUUUCUGUUCCAAAGAAGAAGUUAAGAUACGGAGUGAUUCUUACCCAUGGAGCUGGAGGAGAUAUGAAUUUCCCUCACUUAGUUUCUUUGGCAACCUAUCUUGCAUCCUAUGGAAUUCUGUGCCUGCGGUUUACUUGUAAAGGCCUUAACAUUGCUUAUAGGACUAAAGCCUACAAAGCAGUUGUGGAAUACUUAAAGCUUUCUGAUGAUUAUAAACUUUCAGGUGUCUUCCUUGCAGGCCGUUCCAUGGGCUCACGAGCUGCUGCCUCUGUGAUACGUCAGCUCAGCCAGGAUGAUGAUGAUGAUGACUUCAUUCAAGGUCUAGUGUGUUUAUCUUACCCACUGCAUCGACCAAAACUGCAGUCUAAGCUCCGGGAUGAAGAUUUAUUAUUUAUCAGGUGUCCGGUGCUGUUUGUCUCGGGAUCAGCAGAUGAGAUGUGUGAAAAACAAUUGUUAGAAGGUGUGGCAAGCAAAAUGAAAGCCCCUAAAAAAAUCCAUUGGAUUGAUAAAGCAAACCAUGGGAUGGCAGUUAAAGGACGAGCAGAAGAUGAUGUCAUGGAAGAAAUAAACGCACAAGUUUUUUCUUGGCUUAGAGAGAAUAUUGAACUGGAGCACAAAUGACUUUCAGAGGUGAAGGUAGUAUCUUCAGUCAGCUUUUUCCUAAAUGCAACAAAUCAGUUUGUGGCAUGCAUUUUUGAAAAGAAGUAUUUUAGAAGUCUAAGGGUAAAGGUAAAUAAAACUAUUUUUAUGAAUGGAAAAAAUAUGCAAAACAAUAAAAAACAUUUUAAAAGAAAGAUGGGAAACAUCAAAUAUUCAGUGUCUAGGCAGCAUUGUUUUUAGUAUUUCCAUGCAAAAACUAUAUGCAACACUUAAUGCCCUGCAUUACCAAGUAAAUAGUUUUUGGCUUUUUUUUCCAGUAUAUUCAAAUAUUAUUUGGACACCAAAUCUUCAGAUGUGUUUUUAUUUCUGAGUCUAUUACUGAUGCUAUCCCUGUUUGAACUUAAAACCUACUGAUCUGUAGAAUUCUGUGCGCAUAUCCCCCAGGGAUGGACAGUGCGGGUUUUACUGCUGGUACCUUGGUGUGCCCUAUUGGGGCAUUCUGCUGUGCUACAUGAACUGUGAUGGGAGUAGAUUGGAUAAGAUUGGACCAGAUGACCUUGAAGGUCUCCUCCAACCCUAAUGAUUCUAUGAUUCUAAAAUACUUCAUAGGUGCCUGCAGGUGUUGUCUUCCCCAUUAUGGACUGAGCGACCUGUGGGUAUAACCAGGUUAUAGCAGCGGGCUAAUUGCCUUCAGCCAAUGAUCAGCACGUAUCAGCUGAGUGAUGACCUGAGUUGAAACGGCCAGUUGGUCCUGAGACAAACACCUUGGUGUUGUCUUCUGGGACAGUAGGCUCAUCCCUGCUGCCAAGAGUUCCCUACAGCCACCUCUGGUUGUUCUGCAUUGUUACGGCUUGCAGUUCACUGCUGCAGUGUGAUCAGUUCCCCGUUCUAGCCUGGAGGUGGUUCUGGGGAGUGACUGCUGUGUGUGGCAGUGCAGAGCUGCUUAAAUGCACUGAGUCAGCUGUGGUGAGCUCGGAGGAUUUCUCUGAGGAUCUGGUCAGAUGAUUGCAUCUGCUAGUUUUGUUUUGGUGCUGUACUGUAAAACUCUAUUCAUGACUAGGUUGUUGUAGUAAAAUUAUACUGCUUAUAAAGUGAUUGAACAAACUAUUCUUUAGGCUUGCUUUUACUAUAGUAAAAAUAAUAGGCAGAUGAAAGUUAAAUAUCAGAUAAAAUAUUGUCAUUUCUCACAAGGUGCCUCAAGAAUGCUGAUUGCCCAUCAGUAGUGUUGUUUAAUAAGCAUGGGACACCUCUAGACGCUCAGCCAAUUUCAAAAGGCACAUAAAUAAAAUAGCCAUACAGAUUUUAAAUUGACUGUUUUACAGAGAAAAUAAAUUCUCACUUUUGACUGGGCAGGUGUGUUCAAACUUUAGAAUGUGACAAAUUUAGAGUUGACUUUACAUCUACCAGUGUAGCAUUUUGUGAUGAUGAUGAUGAUAUGUUCAGCAGCUGAGUUACUUAAUACCAGUGGAAAAUAGGUAUUUUAAGAGCAGAAUCAAAUUGUAAAAGAAUGAUUGGUUUAUUUUCAAUAGUCACUGCUCAGAGCCACUAAAUUCUUUCUAUAUUUCCAAAGGGACUGAGUUUCACAGACAAAGCAUCUGUGAAAAAUGAGUUUUUAUUUAAGAUAAGUGUCCAAUAGGGUUGUAUUUUUCCUUCAGGUUAAAGAAUACAAACCCCACAUCACUGUGAGAAUAUUGACUGUCUCAUAAGGAACAAAAUUAUAGUCUGAGAAUGAUUCCUUUUGACAAGCAUGCUGGGGAGCACGUUUACAAUUCUUGUCUGGCUGUUUUUGCAGAACAUGCUAGACUCAGUAUCCUAACCACCCUGUGUGAGUAAAAAGUAUCUGCAUUUGAAAAGUAUCUCAGGACAGUAACAAAUAGCUGAUAGAAACAUUGUUUUUAUUUU